GUUUUAAUGUCAUCGUUGUAUCUGCGAAUUUGCGUAUGUCUAUGCCAACGAGCGAUCUUAUCAACCAUCCUCGGGCUAUAACGAGUGCCUUGAACUAGAAGGAAGGUCAUGCAGAAUCUGCCUGAUGUAUCAAGGCUGUCAAGCCGAGUGGUACGGAUACUCGCCCAGAAUCCGGGGACUAUGACCUUGUCGGGGACCAACUGUUACCUUCUAUCACACGGCGCUGGGCCCGAUAUCACUCUUGUUGAUACAGGAUCUCCCUCACCUAGCGCUCCUGCUUUCAUCAGGCUCUUGUCCGAACAUCUCAGGACGACGGGGGGCAUUAUCAGACACAUAGUCCUUACACACCACCAUAUAGACCACGUUGGAGGGUUAGAAUCCGUCCUUGCAAGUAUCCGAUCCUCAGGUGCUCCACAGCCAAAGGUACACAAAUUCAAAACCCCGAAUCCCGGCUCAUUGCGGCCGAGUCGCUCUGUAGUCAGCGACGAAGAUCUAGAAGCGUCGGUGAGGGCACAUAGUCGGACCGAUGUGGUUAUCAAUUGGCUGGAAGCGGGGGACCUCAUUGGAGCGAUAGAAUCGCACGGAUUGAAGAGGCUUCGGGUUUUACAUACGCCAGGGCAUACUUCGGAUUCGAUCUCUUUGUUGCUGGAGGAGACUGGGGAGCUAUUCGUUGGUGAUACGAUCUUAGGAACCGGAUCCACCGUCAUUAAUGACAUGGGCAGCUACAUGCACUCGCUGCAUCAACUACAGAGCCAAGGCGCCAAAGUGCUCUAUCCCGGUCACGGUCCUCAUAUCGAGACGCCUGAAGCAGUUGCAACCAAGAUCACCGAGUACAUCGAUCAUCGCCUACAACGGGAUGCACAGAUUAUCCAGAGCCUCGAGCGAAAUCAACAAGGAUCGACGGCUGCAAAACUUGUGGAGUCGAUUUACCCAGAUCUGCCCGAACGAGCCGUGCUUGCGGCCGAGCAAUCCAUCCUGGCUCAUCUUUCAAAGCUGGAAGAAGACGGCAGAGUGACGAGCACACCCGUGCUGAACCAAGAUGGACGAUUAUGGAGCUUGAGCUUCGAGGCAGUUGGACAGACAAGAAACCCCAAUAAUAUAAUACAAGGGUAAUAUCCCAAAAGUACACAGUACGGUCACCGACGCGAAGUUUGGAUACAUAAUUACGAUGACUCUCCUCCUUCGCCGCGAUCGUACGCAUCUAUCUUGAGCCUUAGAUUGAGACUAUCAGAACGAGACGCGUUG